AUGAACGACGAGAUAAAACAUUUUCCUGAAAAUGUACAAAAACUAUUAACUGAUGCAAGAAUACCAAUUGAACAAUUAAAACCAAUUUAUUAUGAAUUGACUAUUGGUGAACAUUUUCCUGAUGAUUCUAUUCGAUUACUUGAAGUUAACAAUUCAUUAAUUGAAGAAUUAGAUAAGAGUAAAAAACUAGUGAUUCGAGGAGCUCAUGAUGAUUCUGCUACAUUAUGUACAUCUGAUCAAAUAUUCGAAAUAAAAUCUGCUGAAACAUCAAAUACACUAUUACUUGCUAGUCCACUUGAUUCUUCAUC